UCGAGUCGGCUCCAAAACCACAGACCUGCCCGCAAUCCAGUAACAUUACACACAAAUAGUACAGUAAAUACUAGAAGCCCUUGGAAAUGCACACAGCUUUUUUGUUUUGUUUUUAUGAAGCCAGCUCCACGGAACGCGAACGCAAAACUAGAUGCCACAAAUCUGUGUGACAGGGACGAAAACACAGUACAGCACAACUGGGAGCCAGUGAAGAUCCGAGUUCAAAACGGACAUCAACACAUUUCUUUAAAAUGAAUGGCUUGCAGUAGCUCACUCAGACAGGGAUGCUUUUUAAACUUCAACAGAUUUAAAGAAUGUACUUGGAUUACACAAAACCCAUGUAUACUGACAAUACAGAAGAUUGCAAUCUGCACUUGACAGUAUGGGUUAGGGAUAGGGUUUCAAGCCGGCAGAUUACUAUAUUAUUAAAGGAUGAAGCCCAGUUUAAUCUCUGUGAUGGAACUCUUAGGAGACACUUUGGCCGAGUUUUAUUUUACUCAGAGAUGUAACAGCACUCGCAGUGCAGGACCCUGCACGGUGCAACAUACCAAGACAAGCUCUGGUGACUACGUGCCGAGGAGCAAGCUGGAGAUUUAAACACCACAGGCUGGAUGUGUCUACACCUUGUGCAAAAUGGAUUACAGGGCGGCAGCCGGACCGCAAAAAAAAGCGUCUCUGUAGUGGCUCACGAUCCAGCUCCCCAGGGAUAGAAAUGUACUGUAGGCACCCAAACCGAACAUCUUUAACAGUGUACACUGUCAAGCGCCGUCUACCUGACUGGAUUUGGCAUUGCCUUGGUAUACCCUGGGUCCCUUUAUAAAAAAUAAAUUAAAUUAAAUGUUUGGAGGCAGAUCGAACACUGUAGUUUUACUUAAGCAUUCUUUCACCUGUACCUGUGUGUUGACGGCUACUUUUCAAGAUGAUAAUGCACCCGUCCAUCGUGCUAGAACUGCAUGCGAUCGAGCGGAGCACGUUGGGGAUGCAAAAUCUUUCACCUGCUGAAAAGGCGUUCAUAUUGGUUGUUCCCAGAAGAGACCUGACACAGAGCUCUGCUGGCAUUGCAUGGCAUGACACACACACACACACACACACACACACACGUACUUUCAAUCAAUAGAUAUCUCACUGUCGAAGAUCCCAGGGACAGCGAACCCCAGCCUAGUUUAGCCCGUAUCGAUGCUCCGUCAGACAGCCUCAGAGACCGAAGGGCUGUCUGGAAAGCUGCUCCAAUACUUGGCUCUGACUAGACCAAAUCAGGUCAGGUCCAAGUGCAGCCAGGCUGAUCAAGGGCCACAGCUCCUAAUCGCAUUACUGCUGGAGGAUCCUCUCCCCCCGACUGGUACAAGUCAAAGGCUCUGCUAAUCGGGAUUACAAGCCAGCCCUCUGUUCUCUUGGAGAGUUAGCACUCAUGCACGCUUGGCUGCAGGAGCACACUGUACAACACAAACGCAAAGCGGUUUUUGAUCUUCUCUGACCUUUUAAACUCAUCUUGUACUUCCAACCCCUUUCCAUCAUAAGAAUCGAAUAACUACUGCACGUUUCACAGCCUGGAUUUCCACUGUGGAAGUACCUACAGAACUGUAAAUGCUGUUAGAUUAGGACUUGUAAUACGUUUUUAUUAGAGCUUUCCGGGCCACCACUAAUCCUGUUAAGACUGGGUUAUUCCUGUGGUCACCUUACCUCUCUGUGCCGUGGUGAAGUUUGCAUCCCAAGGCUGCAAGGCGGAGCAACUCAACACCACCUGUGGCUGUUCAUGAUUUAACUUCCCGGCAAAAAAAAAAAAAAACACAUUCCUUUAACUGCAGACUUCUGUGUAUCCCAGUAUUUCUAAAAGGGGCCUCUCUCUGGUACAGUGGUUGAGAGACUGCCACACUGGAGAGAUCAUCUGCCCUCUACCUGUGGCUUUGCAGCUGCCAAGAGAAACCACUAGAGGGAGGUCUUGCUAUGGAAGCGCCAAUGCAAACCUGUUGCUGGUCUUUCACUGGAAUAGGGUCGCCAUCUUGUGGUCAAAUAAAAUGCCUCACAACAUGAUUGUUCUAUUAUGACAUUUUCAAAUUAAAAUGUUUCCAACGCUUCAGCCACUAAGACAAACACUUUCUGCAGCACCGUUUAUAAAAAACAUUAAAAAAAACACACACCACACCUCACUUACCCAUUGCCAGUAUAAUAUAAAGGCUUCUUCAACCCAGAGUACAAAACAGCCAUCCAAUAGAAAACUAGACAAACAGAAAAUGCAGUAGUCUAUAGAAACCAGAGUCUGUGCUCAAUUAUCAGUUGUUAAUCCUUGCAGAUGUCAUGACAUGAGGCUCUCUGGUGACUCAGGGUUUUUCAUCUUAACUGAAACAAGUGCUGUUUAAUGAAGCAGAGGAGAGCACAGGUAUGAACGAGCUGAUUGUGAGGCUCGCCAGCACACAGGAAAGCAGCUAAUGGGACGGAAAGAUAGUAGGAGGCUGCCGGCUCAGGACCACAAAAACCUGCAUUUCAACUUCCGCCUACAGAAGCUGCGCUAGAAGAGUGGAGCGAGCCAGCCAGCCCACACCAUGCACACGACCUGCUACACGUCCCAUAAGGGAAAUCCAGGCACAUUAUACACGAAUAGAACAAUCGUGCUACUCCAAAACCAGUCAAAUAUUAAAUAAAUAGCACGCUUUCAAAUGCAUGAGUUCCAAACCGAUAGAAAUCCACUUCAACACCAUUUACUGUAUUUCAUUUGUUUUUAUUUUCUGUAUCAUGCUAAGAGGAUCCAAUAAUAUCUGGAAAUAGAUUGUUCGUUUUCAUUAGUUAAAAAAAAAAGGUAGUGUCAUGAAUAUCAAGCUUUAUAUACAGUGCCACGUGUUUCAAAAGAUAUCUUCAUGUAUGUUCACUGUCUAUUGCACUUUUGCUUGCCGGGUGUUUGAUUAUCUUCAUUCAUGGUGUAACUACAGCACUCCAUGAAUGUAUAACAUUUUGAUAUUGUACAGCCAGGCUGUGAUGUCAUCUUCUGACAGCAUACGCCCCAGGAAUAUACCAACAAAGCGUUCAUUUUAUACCUAAACGCUUCUCCCAGCAGCUCUCAUGGGACCAGCCGUUAUGAGGUUUUAAGUCCUAUUUGAUUUAAAAUUUCACAAUUAAGUAGAGAAAGAGGUUACAUAACACAGCCUCACAGAGCAGCUUCUCCACCCUUAGCUGAACCCAUUUAUAAAAACAGACAUUUCGAAAGACUCGAGAACAGCGUUCUUUUUUAAGAACAGGAAAGGUAGCGGUCACAUGACAACCCAAAACCCCCUCCCAAUAUGAAGCCUGGGUGUAAGGUUUCGAAAUGAGCUCAGCCCAAUUCCUGUUUGAGCUCAAAGCUGAGAGUCUGCAGCCAUCCUUCACUUCAUAUCAGCCUCUGCUACUCAGCUUUGCACAAACUGGAACCAUUUCCAAAGGAAACUGUUUUCUCGUUACACACACACACAACCCGACUGUACUGUACGCUGGUCCAUGAUUUGAUCAUGGGCAAUACAAAUUUCAUCUGAAAAGGGCCGAUCUUACACAAGCUGUUCUUAAACUCUGGCAUGGUUGUUGAUCUUGAAAAUAACUCCUAUUGAAAGAAUAGACAUAUUGUACAUCAGCAGCAUAUUCAUAAAAUGAGUGGGCUUGUGUACCCAAGCUUGCACUGCAAUUACAGUGUAGAUCUGGUGUUCUUGCAUCGCAAUUACAGUGAAGAUGAUCUGACCCUCUCUGUGGACAUCUCAAUAGCUACAUACUGCUACACUGUCCUGGCACUGGCUGGUCUGACAGCCAGCGUCUUCAUCCUAAUAACCUUCAUUAGGGGCUGCAAAGGAAGAAAGAGCCUGACCAAGGUGGACACCUUCUUCUUUGCCCUUUCCCUCACCGACCUGUUCAUAAUACUCUACUCCACCUCUGUAAUUGCACACAGACCCAGCUACUUGAAGACUACCAGUCUGAACUGUGGGGUCUUGUCGUUUUUCUUCAACAUCAGCUACUUCAAUUCUCAGUUUCUCCAAGUGACCAUGCUGUUCUUCUUGACGUUCGAGGAAAACCGCUCCGGCAUAGCUCUGCUGAUAAAAGUGCUGGACAACGCUCUGGCCUGCGUGGGCCUCACAGCCCUCGGCGCCCUCCUCGGUUCAGUCUUCACGACAGCACUGCUGGAGAUGGGCCAGCAGCUCAACGAGUCCCUCUGCUGCACGCUGGACCCCCUGCAAGCAGGACCCCGGUAUGACAUUGUCAAGUUCAUCGUGGGGAUUGUGCUACCCUACCUUCUCCUCAUCAAGUGCCUCCUCCUUUGGAAAAAGUCAGAAAUCGGAAUGGGCUUGGCGGCCAAACUCAAGGCUUGCUCUGCGUUCAUAGCUGUGGCCUCGGUGACGCUCGUCUGCAGGAUCUUUUACAACGCCGUCCUGCUCCACAGAACCUCCCUCAAGUACGGGCUGGGCAGCUUCUCUCCGCAGCAGGAGGCCCUGUGCAACGUGGUGGAGCUGGUGAUGUUCUCAGGGAGCUGCCUCAGCUUGGUGCUCAUCGUCUCUCUUCACAAACCGUGCCGGGAAGGCAUGGUAAAGACUCUUAAGACCCUGACAGACCCCUGCAGGAGAAUCAGCAGGGGCGAGACUCACAGGAAUAUCAUGACAACCACCAUAGAGAUCACAGAGCACAAAGAGGACACUGUGUCGCUGCACUCCGAGAACCAGGGAGAGGCGCCCGAGGCAACUGAUGGCUGCCGAUAAGCAGGCAAAGGAAAGCAGAGAGAGCGGCUGACCAUUCACCUUGCGCGCUGGCAUCGACAAGAACGCUCUCACUCGCUGGCAUUUUUUACUUGACCCUUUUUAAAAGCUGUAGAAUACUAUGUGGCCGAACCCUGUUCAGACUGGUAAUUUGUUCAGAGUAACGACACAAUCUGAUAAUCUGUACUGCAAUAAAAAAGCCUUGUUCUCAUCCAAUGUUUUUUUUUUUUCUUUUUGAGCUAUGAAUGUUUUGUACAGUUGUCGUAGCAUUAGAAUGACGUCUGGUUUCUACAGCUGCUAUCGAACCGACUCACCCCCCCUUACUGAAACCCCGAACAGCCAUCUGGCAGAGGGGAGGCCUUUGCUACUAACACAAGUGUUUGAAGCGGUCAUAGACGGUGGUUCACUGAUGACAUUUUUCAUAUUAACAGACAAUCAGUGCUAAUAUCACAAAGAACAUCAACAGCUGGGCCUUUUAGAAAACUCUUUGUCUUCAGAGAGAAUUCAUUAAUAGAAUAUGUUAUUAAAGGGGAUGGAGACGGCUUCCUUUGCUUUGUGGAGCUGGAAUUAAACAGGCAUCACAGGUUCCCUGUGCAGCUACUCUGUUUAAACAGGGGCAGGGUCCUUGGGUCCAACUCUGGGGUUGGACCCCAGGAUUACCUGUUAUUACAUAUCUGCUUCAGGAUACCUAUUGCUAGCUUUCCAAAUGCAGUGCGGCAACAAAACUUGACGUGCGUAUUUUCUCAUCAGGAAAUCUGCUUUCAACUCUCAACGAAACAAAAGCAUAUUCAUGCAAGUUUUAAGCAGGCAGACCCCAAAGUACUUUUUUUACACGGCAGUGCGAUUAUGUAAAUCCUCCACAGGGAUGGAAAUAACAAUCCUAUUGCCCAGCAGUUUCCCCCAGUUCCAGUUUUUAACUCAAGCUUGAACAGCCUGCGCAACAAGUUUGGGCGUGUCUUAGUAAUCUCAUGGUAAAAACAGGAAUGGAUAAAACUGGUAUGCCAUGGGAGUUUAAUUCCCACC